AUGAGCCACCUACCAUGUUGCCAGACGGCCGUUGAGGUCAUGUCCGAGUCCAGGCGCCGAAAUAACUACCACGAAGCCGAGGUCGUCGUGGUUGGCGCCGGCGUCUUUGGCUGCGCCGUUGCCUUUGCGCUAGCCAACCAGGGCCGUAGCGUUCUCCUCCUCGAAAGGUGGAUGCACCAACCCGACCGCAUCGUUGGCGAGCUCCUGCAGCCCGGCGGCGUAGCGGCGCUCCGCAAGCUCGGCCUCGAACACUGCCUCGAGGGCAUCGACGCCGUGCCCUGUAUUGGCUACAACGUCAUCUACGACGGUACCCCCUGCGCGUUUCCCUACCCCAUGCUCGACGAUAAGGGCAACGUCGUCUACGAAAAGUCUGGCAGCGGCGACGGCAAGCGGCCCGAGGGAAAGUCGUUCCACCAUGGCCGCUUCAUCAUGAAGCUCAGGAAGCGUGCCUUGCCCACAAGAACAUCACCGUCGUCGAGACCAAGGCGACGAAGCCCGUCAGGGGCGACAAGACUAUUUUUCGGCCAACUCACCAUCAUCGCCGAUGGCUACGCCUCCACCUUUAGGGCCGAACACCUCCAGCGCGAGGCCGUCGUCAAGAGCAAGUUCUACGCCCUUGAGCUCAUCGACUGCCCCCUCUUGAGCCCCUACCACGGCCACGUCGUCAUCGGCAACACCUUCCCCACCCUCCUCUACCAGAUCGGCACCCACGAGACCCGCGCCCUCAUCGAUGUCCCCGAGGGCCUACCCGCCGCCGCCCCCGCCGCAGGCGGCGUGAAGGGCUACAUCAAGAACGUCGUCACGGCCAAGGGCCUCAUCGUCCUCGGCGACGCUAUGAACAUGCGCCAUCCCCUCACCGGUGGCGGCAUGACAGUCGCUUUCAACGACGUCGUCCUCCUCGCCGACCUCCUCGCCCCCGAAAAAGUUCCCACCUUGGGCAACCUCGACGCCGUCCAGAACGCCAUGGACACUUUCCACUGGCGUCGCAAGCGCCUCACCUCCAUCAUCAACGUCCUCGCCAUGGCUCUCUACAACCUCUUCGCCGCCGACAGCUGGCAGCUCCGCGCCCUCCAGCGCGGCUGCUUCGAGUACUUCCAGCGCGGCGUGACCGAGGACCCUUCGGGCCUCCUCGGCGGCGUCAUCCACAGCCCCGCCGUCCUCGCUUAUCACUUCUUCACCGUCGCCUUUGUAGGCAUCUGGCUCAAUAUCAAGUCUACCCUCUCCUCUGCCGGCAUCCUCGCCCCCUUAUGCUACCCGUUGCCCUCAUCAAGUCCGUCCUCAUCCUUGCCACCGCCUGUGUAG